ACUCAAGUUUGCCGAAUUUGUUGCCUGGGAUGUUUGAUGAGGAAAACAAUUUGACUUGGAAGAAAUUGACUAGUGCUGGUCCUACAUUAAGCUUGCUUGAUGACAAUGUUAUUUACAUUAUGGCGAACGAGAGCAUGUGCCAUCCGACAGCAUAUGUACUUACUGUGGACACCAAAAGUUUGAAGCUCGAGUCUGGUGCGCAGUGUGCUCCUCAAAAGACGGCGUGGUUCGAACCAACAUAUGAACCGUGUGUUCUUUUUAGCUCUUUUGGCACGACUUCAGAGUUGGUUAAAGAAUUUGAAACCAAAGGGACAAUAUUUGAAAUCAAGGAAGGGCCGGUGCUCUCGGUGGUGUCGAAGCGUCUCCGUGUGCUGCGGAAGAAGCAGAAUCGCAUCGCGCAGAUGGAGGAGUCCGUCGCUGCCGGCAAGAUGCUUAACCAGGAGCAGAAGCAGCUCAUGCACUCCAAGCCCGUCAUCGCCGCGCUCAUUGACGAGCUUGAGCGCCUCCGCGUACCACUCUUCACUGCUCUCACCAAGGAGCUCUCCACCGUCCCUGCACCUGCUGCCGGUUCCUCAUCCUUUGGCUCCGAUUUGUCCAUCCAGGACCUCCUCGCGCUCAUCUACUUCGGCUCCCUUUUUUAUGCCAAGUCACCGAACGAGUUCAUCGCCACCAUGGUUGCGCGCAAGAACGAACGGAGCAGCUGCAUCACCCACGGCUACGUAUGGGAUGAUACCGUGGACCUGCUCGUGGAGAACGACCUUGACGCAGUGUCUGCUGUGGCGGCCCUUGCCGCGGCUCGCCCUUCUUCCGCAGAUGGUGUCUCCCACCAUGACGCACUCCAGGCCUGUGCCCAUCAUGCCCGCCUAUGGCUAACCCGUGCUGAUGCGCCGAUCCACCCUGGCUCCUCUGUUACAUAUGCUGCGGUGAGGUCCAAGUUAGACAGGAUCAUGGCAUCAGACUACUACACAGCACCUGCAGUUGCUGGGAACCAUGGAGCUGAAGGUCUGCAGGCACAGAUGAGCAUGACCGACUCACCAGAGGCACCAUCACUCAAGGAGACCCUAGCUGCUGAAAAUCACAAGGUGAAAUAGCAAAUUGCACUCCUUAGUAAUUUAAUAGUAUAUGCUUAGCAUGGUGAAGUGAUCAUUGCCCUGAAACUUUGUUCUGAUCUUUGUCAACGAUUGAUCUGCUGUAGUGCACAGUGCUCCUAGUAUUAUUAUUAUCAUCA